GGGAAAAGGUAAAAGGCCAGUCUUAGGAAAGUUAAGGAGUCAGAGACACGUUAUGCUUUCUUCUAAGAUCAAAUUUCUAAAACCCUGUUAUUCCAAACUGAACCAACCUGCAGACACUACAAGUUGGUCACCAGCAUUACCGACUUAACAGUAAACAACUCUCCUGUCUUUAAGCUUGUUCAUUAGACAAACCGUUAAUCAGUAAAAGUAGGUCACCUGCAUAACCAAUUUCUUCAUUCAUUCUUCUAAUUAUAUAAACAGUCCCUGCUCUCCCCACACAACAAUCAAAUCGAUCUCUCAACAUUUCUUCAUACGAAAUUCAGCAUUCAAAGAUCAUUUCCAGCAGCAAUCAUGGCAGCACAAGCAAGAAUGGCACUGAUCCUGGUUGUGGUUACCAUGAUGUGGGCAGGGGCUGUGGCUCAGUCGUCCAGUUGUACUAAUGUGUUGAUCAGCAUGUCGCCGUGCCUUAAUUACAUAACAGGGAACUCUUCAACUCCAUCAUCACAAUGCUGUGCACAGCUCAGUAAUGUCGUCAGCUCUUCGCCGCAGUGCUUGUGUGAAGUCCUUAAAGGUGGUGGAUCGUCGCUUGGGAUCAAUGUCAACCAAACUCAGGCCCUGGCCUUGCCUGCAGCUUGCAAUGUUCAGACUCCACCGAUUAGCCAAUGCGAUGCUGUUUCUCCUGCGGGAACACAAAGCACUCCAGGUACCCCUUCAGAUACCGGAUCUAAGACCGUCCCAGCAACACAAGAUGGCUCAUCAGCUGGAAGCUCCAUCAACCUAUCAAUCUCUCUCCUCUUCUUCCUCCUCUUAGCAUCAUAUGGUUCAGUCUUCACAGACUACUGAUUUUCAAAUGUGACAGCAUACCUCUCACCACUACACAUAAUAGGACAUCCCUUUUUACAUUUUGUUAUUAUUAGCGAGUUUGCUAUCGGUUAGGGAUCUAGUUUUGUAUCAUUGAAGAAACCACCGUUCUCUUCUCUUUCUCAAUAAAAAGAAUUAUUCUGUUUUCCAUACCAA